AUGGGCGAAGAGGUCGGAGGAGGAGUCGGUACUCGAGCUCGGAGGAAAUGGGAGGCACAGAUUCCGAAGUCGGGGAGUUGUGAUGCGAAAAAGUGGAGGUUCGAGUUCUGCUGCAAGUUGUUUGUUUUUUCUGGUCCAAGUGCUUUGAUAUUCAGAACGUUUUGUCCGAGAUGUGGUCGUCAUCGACGUUUCUUCCCGAACACCGACAUUUGUCUGCUCAGACUCAACGAAGAUAACGUUGCUCUGACGUGCGCUGUAUCUAUUUUUGCCCACUUAUCUGAGCACACUACAUUCCGAGUUGCCAUGUUUGACACGAGGCAUCACCACCUCGGAAUUCGGUUCCAAAAACCUAAAGUACCCCAUUUCUUCUGGGGAAACAGGUCUAGUAACCCCACAAUGCGCGCAAUCACAGGAAGUCGAAGUGUGUGCGCGCUCUCUCUCUCCGGUGAUAGGAACUACGGCAACCUCGUUAUUCUUGCCGCCAAAGGCGCCGAUUACCGUCGGUACAGCUUUACUUAUUGCGAGGUUGGGCAGCGCUCGAAGUCGGAGUCUGAGUCGCUACAAGUGAAUCCCGAAGUAGCAAAGUUGUUAUGCGUUCUGAUAGGGGCUGGUUCAAGCAAUCCGAUGAUAGUACAUGAGAGAGGAAGACACCUGAAGUGGGUGCCGAGACUGUCCAAGCUGUCAACCUGGCUGGAGGUUCAAGUACGCCGGAGCUUAGUAAAGUUAGGUGUUCCAGCCAGAUAUUGUACCUCCCAGGCCCAAGUGUCGGGGCUUGCGAAGCAAAAACAGCGCGGGGGCAAACGGCGACAGUGCUGCAUAGGCGCUUGUUCAGGCGCUUGCGUUGAAUUCCGAACGAGCUCCCAUGCGAGAAAGGCGGGCCUCACUCGUGACCGCAUCUCCUGA